AUGUUAUAUAUAAACAAUAAAAAUAAAGGCAAAGCUAAUAAUACUCAAAAAUGUAUACAUACAGAUGAUGGUAAUACUAGUGAUCAGGAACAAGAAGCCCAAAAUGGAAGUCAUGUAUGGAAGUACUUCGAUGUUUUGCAAGAUAAAAUUUAUGCUGAAUACAAAAUAUGUAAAAGAAAGAGAAAAUGUGUAAAAUACAAGUUUCAUGGCUCUACAAGCAAUUUGAUAUAUCAUUUGGAUAGUGAAUAUGGGAUUACAAAAGAUAAUAAUACGGGUUAUAGCAAAGAUGGAAAUAUUAAAACUUUUAUAGAAGUUGCUCGUGGAAAAAUUGCUUAUAAAAAACAAUCAGACAUUGAAAUUGUCAUGAUAACUUGGAUGAUCGAUAAUUAUCAACCAUUCUACCUUUUUGUAUCUAAAGGUCUUGAUACAGCUAAGACAUUUAAAAAAUGUGUAACCAAUCUUAUUUUAUUCUUUAAUAAUAGUCCUAAACAAACUAAAAAUCUUAAAGAUGCACAACUUUAUAUUAUUACAAUUUUAAAAAUUUCUUCUGAAAAAUAUGAUAAAAAUGAUGCCGAAUACUUGAAACAAAUUAAUUUAACAAAUGCAGAGUGGAGUUUACUUUUUGAUAUAUUAGUUUUGCUAGCACCCUUUUACGAAGCAACCAAAAUGCUUUCAGCUCCACCUGAAGAUGAAGAUGAUAAAUACUAUGUGAAUUUAUUAAAUGAGAAAAAAACUCCAAGCCAAGAUCAGUUAAUAGAAAUAUAUGAAGAUAGUAAUUACGAAGGCACUAUUAUUGACAAAUUAAAUGAAUUAUAUCAAAUUGAACAAGCUAUUAUAAUAGAAGAAUCAAAUAAUGAUUUAUUUGUUAAUUUAUUUGAAUCAUUAGCUACAAAUAAGAUUGUAAAUACUGAUCAAAUUAAUUAUUCUUUGCUUAGAGUAUUUGAAGAUUCUGAUGAAGAUGAAAGUAAUAUAUCUGAUGAA